AUGCUUGUCUCCGUCAUCUCCAUCCUGGCCGCGGCUUCUGCAGUCACCGCUCAGUCUACCAACGCCCCCGUAGUAACAGACAACCCCAUCGGCGCAACGUACGUUGCUACGCUUCCCCAGAAGGCCGGAAGCUCCCUCUCGGGUACCAUUGAGGGUACCACCGGUGCCGACGGCAAGGGUGUCAAGUUUAGCGUUCACUUUGCCGGUCUCCCAGCCACUGGCGGCCCGUUCAUGUACCACAUCCAUGCCAAGCCUGUCCCUGCCGACGGCAACUGCACUGCUACUGGUGGUCACUUGGACCCCUACCACUACGGCGAGACCAUGCCGUGCAACGCGAGCGCGCCCGAGACCUGCCAGACUGGCGACUUGAGCGGCAAGUACGGAAACUUCAGCACUCAAGAGUUUUCCGCCGAGUACACAGACUUGUACUCUGCUACUCUGCCUUCCAAUCCUGCCUUUUUUGGUUCGCUCUCGUUUGUGCUUCACUUUGCCAACAAGACCCGCAUUGCAUGUGCCAACUUUGAAAAGGUCGCUGACGGUGUGUCAACUGAGCCUCCCAAGUCUGAAGACUGCUCCACUUCGACCAUGGCCUCUACCGGCUACAGCAUCCCUACUGGCGCCGCUGGCUACAACGGCACUGUUCCCGCGCCUACUGCUGGCAAGCCCACCUUCCCCAGCGCCCCCUCGGCCACAUCCUCAAGCCCACUAGAGUUUCCCGGUGCUGCUCCAAAGACUGUUGGUGGCGUAGGUGCUCUGUUCGCCGCUGCCGCUGCCGCAAUCUUUGCCUUGUAA